GCUUCUACAGCUAUAAAAUGUUCUUUGCACACCAUUUUUCUUCAAAACCCUAACCCUAACAACACAUGCCCCCUUUCUCAAUCAUAACAAGAUCAGAGAUAAUGGAAGCAAAUACAUGUGAUGCCGGGCAUUUGGACUCUAAUGUGCUUUUGCCCCCAAGAAAGCGGCUGCUUGCCUGUAUGAAAAAGCAGAAUGGAGAUGUCAGUGGCAACGGCAAUGGAAAUGUAAAUGGAAAUUCUUAUCUGCCUUCCACUUCUAGCCCCAUGAUUAAUUUUAAUACCCGUAUCAAUAAUAUGUUGAGUGCUCAUUUGAGUGAUGAUAAUCCUUCCCAAGAGGAGAUCGUGGAGGCUGCCAGAUCAGCAGCCGAGGUUGCAGUUAAGAUUGCAAUAGCUGCAAGAGCUGCAGCUCAGGAGAAGGCUGUAAUCGCAACCAUGGCCAUGGCUGCCGCCAAGAAAGCUUUAGAAUUAGUAGCAGCUAUAGAUGAGCAAGAGACUUCAUCCUCUAGCGAACAACAGUUGAAGAAGAACAAAACGAAGAAACGUGUUGAGGUGCAAAUGUUGUAUGACAAUAAGAAACCCAGGGUUGAAAAUGAUAAGACGAGUGAUGAAGAAUUAGCUCGUCAGUUGCAUCAAGUCAUAAACAGCUCCCCUAGAAUUUCAAAAUAUGGUUCGGCUCCUGACUUAAAGGAUUAUGAGCAUAAGAGGCUGAAAAUCCCGACCAUUUCAGAAAAUGGCAGAAAUAACGAUCAAAGUGUAGUUGCUGAAGAGAAUUCUCCUUCUUCUAGCAAUAGAAACAAAUUAAUCUGUGAAAGGGUGGCACACAUUGUUGAUGUAGAUGUAAACGCGACUAAAAUCAGUAAAGUUGACAUAUCAGAAAGUGAAAAUGGGGAUUCACGCAGGAUACAUUCAAAGGUAAAAUUUGGUGAAGACGACUCGAGUACUCUUGGUAGAAAGAGGGGAAGAAUGAAACAGAAGAAGUUGCCCUUAAGUAUAUGUCAUGACAGAGAUCAACUGAACCCCAAAGAAGAUCGAAGAUGGAGAAGCUCUGAAUUGGUUGACAAAAAUAUAGGGAAAGUGACUACUGCCAAAGACAAGAGCUUGCUUUCUGUAGGGCCUUCUGCUAAUAGUGUGAUGCCUAUUGAGCGGAGUUCACUGUGGAAAUGCCAGUCAUUCAAGGCAGCAGCUCGUUUAAAACAAAACAAAACUAUGCAAUCAUGAUGUUCAUAUUUUUAUCAUAACAAUGGGCAGCUUCAACAAUAGAAGUUGGCGGCUGAGGUAAAUUCACUUUUUCUUGUUACAAAUUUUCUUCUUUACCAUUCAUCUAUCACAUAUCUUCGGUCUUCAUAUGACAUGUUGAUGCUUUGUACUCUCUAACCGUAUGCCUAGUUGCCUACCUUCUUAAGUACUGCAUUAUAUCCUUUUAUUAUAUGGUAACAAUGUUUUGGAGUGAAUAAAAUUUGAAGUAGAUGGUAAAAGGACUUUGUUGACUAGUUGCAUAGUCAUUCUGUUCUAUCUGGCAGUAGCUUUUUGACAAGUAUAGAAUAUUACAACCUUGAGGGGUGGCUCAGCUAGUAAGACUUUGAGUUUGCUCCCUAGAGGUCGUUAGUUUAAGUCCCCUACAGCCACUGGGAAGUUUGCCUGACUGUAAACUUCAGCGCCCCAUGGAAUUAGUUGAGGUGCGCAUAAGCUAAGCCAGACACUCACGGCUACUUAAAAAAAGAAUAUUACAUGUUAUUGCAUAUAAGCUAACUUGUUUUUUUUUAAAUCAUACUAGAGCUGCAUGACUGUUAAGAAACUUAAUAUUCAACAAGGAAGUAAAAACAUUAUCUCAUUGAUAGUUCUUUAAAGAUUAAGAAAGUAGGGACAGGUUUGUUAUUACCUAAGGCGAGUAGUCAUAAGCUUUUACGGAUGCAGAUUUUAUGCAUACAUAUAUAUAGAAAUAAUGUGAUGGCCUACACCCUGUUUUCGACCCAAUUAUUUUAUUUAAUGGCCAAAGUAACUAUAAAAAUAUAUAAUUUAUGUAAUGCAUCCAUCUUUUGCUAAUAAGGUAGUAAAUUAACUAGUGCUGUAUGGCAAAGUAUUGAUGUAUGCCGAAAUCUGUCGUCUCUACAGGCUCAAUGUGAACGUGAAUAGAAUUGUUGGCUUCAGAGAUGUGACCCCAGAAGUCUAUAAUAUCGCUGAUCUUUUUUUCUCAUUAGUCUGCAUGGUCCUUGGUUCUUCAUGGUUUUGUAAAGAUAACAACAUGAUUUUUUGCUUGAAUAAUGAAACACAAUUACCUGCUACAUUUUGCUGAGCUUGUAGAAUUACUGUAUCAUCACUGUACCUCAGUCACAAAUGAUAUUUCAAUCUUUUGAGUGC